AUGACCAGAGUUAGACGAGGAUAUACAGCUCGGAAACGUCGAACAAAAAUUCGUUUAUUUGCAUCAACCUUUAUUGGGGCUCAUUCAAGACUUACUCGAACGACUACUCAACAGAAAAUGAGAGCUUUGGUUUCCUCUCAUCGAGAUAGAGGCAGGCAAAAGAGGGAUUUUCGUAGUUUGUGGAUCACUCGAAUAAAUGCAGUAAUUCGUGAGAAUAAGGUAUUCUAUAAUUAUAGUAGAUUAAUACCAAAUCUGUACAAGAAGCAAUUGCUUCUUAAUCGUAAAAUACUUGCGCAAAUAUCUAUAUCAAAUAAGAAUUGUCUUUACAUGAUUUCCAAUCAGAUUAUCAAAUAA